CCGGAGAGGCACCGGCGGCUGGCGCUCCUUUUGUGUGUUUCUCUCCAAGGUGCAAAGACCACCCCCCCCAACCCCCUGCCUGCCCAGGCAGACUUCCCCUAAACUUGAGCCCUCUUAUCGGAGUUCUCAGCCCCUUGCCAGCUGUGUGUGUAGGGAUCAAAUCGCUUCCAGGAGGAGGGACAAGGUCGGUAGCCCCCUCCCCGGUGCGAGGCCUGAGCCCAGUGGAGUCCAGGACUGCUUCUGCCAGUCAUGUGGGCUGGACUCUUGCUCCAUGUUGCCUGCAUCGUGGUCCUGUUGCUGGGGUCUUCUGCCCGAGGCUACACUGGGAGGAAGGCUCCCGGGCACUACUCUGCGGAGAGACGUCGUCUGGGCCCUCAUGUCUGCCUCUCUGGCUUCGGGAGUGGCUGCUGUCCUGGCUGGGCCCCUUCUAUGGGCAGUGGGCACUGUACCCUGCCCCUCUGCUCCUUUGGCUGUGGGAAUGGCAUCUGCAUCGCCCCCAAUGUCUGCUCCUGCCAGGAUGGAGAGCAAGGGGCCACUUGCCCAGAAGCCCAUGGACCCUGUGGGGAGUAUGGCUGCGAUCUCACCUGUAACCAUGGUGGCUGUCAGGAGGUAGCCCGAGUGUGCCCUGUGGGUUUCUUGAUGACUGAGACAGCUGUUGGUAUCCGGUGUGCAGACAUUGACGAGUGUUUGAGCUCAUCUUGUGAGGGCCGCUGCAUGAACACGGAAGGUGGCUUCGUGUGCGAAUGUGGGCCAGGCAUGCAGCUGUCUGCUGAUCGUCAUAGCUGCCAAGACAUUGAUGAGUGUCUGGGCACGCCCUGCCAGCAGAGAUGUAAGAACAGCAUUGGUAGCUAUCAGUGCUCUUGCCGUGCUGGCUUCCACCUCCACAGCAACCGGCACUCCUGUAUAGAUGUAAACGAGUGUCGCCGAGCACAGGAGAGGAGAACCUGUCACCACACCUGCCAUAACACUGUGGGCAGCUUCCUGUGCACCUGCCGACCUGGUUUCAGGCUUCGAGCUGACCAUGUGUCCUGUGAAGCUUUCCCGAAGGCUGUCCUGGCCCCAUCUGCCAUCCUGCAACCCCGACAGCACCCUGCUAAGAUGUCCCUGCUCCUUCCUGAGGCAGGCCGGCCUGCUCUGUCCCCAGGACACAGCCCUCCUCCAGGGGCCCCAGGGUAUCCCACUGGAAUCAGAACAACCCGUCAGCCAUCUACCACCCUGGUCCUACCCAAUUUCUUUCCCACACAGUUGCUAUCCACCCUAGAACCAAGUUCCUCCCUACUGGGGACCCUUGGACCCCCCUCAGUCCUCCAGGGGGAGGCAGUAGGGACCCCUUCCUCACCUAAGGGCCCUGAAGGUCCAAGCCUGGGAACAGGGCUCUCUUCCUGCUGGCACCUGGGAGCCACAUAUGAAUCAGGGAGCCGCUGGAGCCAGGCUGGGUGUUCUCCUUGCCUAUGCCAGGAUGGAGAGGUGACCUGUGGAGAAGUGAGAUGUGAUGCUACUUGUUCCCACCCGAUUCCCCCCAGAGAUGGGGGGUGCUGCCCCUCUUGCACUGGCUGCUUUCACAGUGGUGCCAUCCGAGGAGAAGGGGAUGUGUUUUCACCUCCUGAGGAGAACUGUACUGUGUGUGUCUGUCUGGCUGGAAAUGUUUCUUGUAUCUCCCCGGAGUGUCCCCCUGGUCCCUGCAAGGCUUCUCCACAGUCAGAUUGUUGUACUUGUGUCCCAGGGAGAUGCUAUUUCCACGGCCGCUGGUACACAGACGGGGCUGUGUUCAGUGGGGGUGGUGACGACUGUACCACGUGUGUCUGCCAGAAUGGGGAGAUAGAAUGCUCCUUCACACCGUGUCCAGAGCUGGAGUGCCCCAGAGAGGAGUGGUGGCUGGGCCCAGGGCAGUGCUGUUUUACCUGUCGGGAGCCCACACCCACCACAGGCUGCUCUCUUGAUGACAACGGGGUUGAGUUUCCGAUUGGACAGAUCUGGUCGCCUGGUGAUCCCUGUGAGUUAUGCGUCUGCCAGGCAGAUGGCUCCGUGAGCUGCAGGAGGACUGACUGCGUGGACUCCUGUCCUCACCCCAUCCGGAUCCCUGGACAGUGCUGUCCUGACUGUUCAGCAGGCUGCACCUACACUGGCAGAAUCUUCUACAACAAUGAGACCUUCCCAUCGGUGCUUGACCCCUGUCUGAGCUGCAUCUGCCUGCUGGGCUCGGUGGCUUGUUCACCUGUGGACUGUCCCAUCACCUGUACCUACCCCUUCCACCCAGAUGGCGAGUGCUGCCCUGUCUGCCACGACUGCAACUUCGAAGGGAGGAAGGUGAUGAAUGGCCAGGUGUUCACCUUGGAUGAGGAGCCUUGUACCCGGUGCAUCUGCCAGCUGGGAGAGGUGAGGUGUGAGAAGAUGCCCUGCAAGCCGGUCUGUACUGACCCCUCCUGCCCAGAUUCCCUGUUUCCUCCCAAAGAAAAACAGCAACCCUCCCCUCAUGGAGACCUUGUCAAAGCUGCUCGGAGCCCCCGUGGAGACACCGAAGUCCCUGCCAACUGUAGCUCCUGCCCAGGGCCCCCAUCAGCAUCCCCGGCAAGGCCCAUGGUCCAGCUCCUGCAGCUUCUCUUAAGAACAAACCUUUCUAAUGUACAGACUGCACCCCCAGGCCUGCCAGCAGCCCAGACCUCAUCUUCAUCCCUGUUGGAGCCAGAGGGCAUGUUUCUGGAGGAGCCUGGAGCCUCCCAGCCUCCUGAGCCUUCAUCAAGGUCUUCUGUCUCUCCUGGACCCUCCACUCUACCUCCAGCCAUUCCAGGGACUCCUUGGUCACCUGCCACCCCAGACAGCUCCUCCUCAACCUUUGGGGCUCAGAUAGCAUUCCGGUGGCCUCUGUCUGCCACUCACUUGACUGAGGCAGAAGCACCUUCAACGAAUAAUCCUGACCUCUCAGAGACCCUCACCAACACUUUGAGGCCUCAAAGGCUCUCUGCAGCUCUCCUGGACACUCACAACCCUGCUCGCCAACAGCCCACAACAGACACCUCAGAGAAGGAAGAGCCUACCACCUGAUCACCAUGCAGGGGACAUGCCAGUUAGAGCUCUCUGCCAAUGGCCUGGUGUGUGUGU